AUGGCCGAAACAGCCACCCCGCCCACCGGCCACCCUACCUUGGGCGGAAAGUCACUGGAUAAUCUGCCACCAAACCCAUAUGCCGCACCUGAAAGAGGUCAGUCGUACAGGUCAUGGCGGAAGAAAUAUCGCAAGAUGCGUGCCAAGUUCGACGGCGUGCUGGAGGAGAACCGGCGCAUGUUUCGCGACGAGUGUAAGCUGGAGGGCUUAGCCAAGAGACUACGAGAGGAGCUUGACGGCCUCCUGGACAUCUGCCUCGACCUGAACGAGAAUCCAUCGCUACCACCCGAACUCCGCUUCAACAUCCGUCCCCCACUCCGAUUACCACCAGUCGUAGAAAUCCCCGACAGCCUCACCCCCGAACACGCCGACCAAAUGCUGCUCGACUACCAGCAAGCCGUCCGCCAAGGCACAAUCCCGCAUCUCGACCUCCACAUCGUCCGCAGCGAAGUCGAAUACAAGCUCGCAGCACAAGAAUCACGCCCCCUCGACAACCUCCUCGCCAGCCUACCCUCCCGCCCCACCGCAGACAGCAUAUCAGAAGACCUCCUCCACCCCCGCGACGAUCCACCACCACCCGGCUACCUCACCGCUGACCAAGAAACAGAAUACCUAACCAAACUCGACACCAAACUCACCGACCCCCUGAGCGCCCACCGUCUAAGCGAGACAGCAAUCCCAACCCACAGCAAGACUCCCUCCAAGUCAACAACGACAGAAGAAGACAAACACUUCGCCGAAAUGACCCCGCGCGAACUAGAACGCCACGUCGAACUCCUCAACCCGCAAAGCCAACACAACUGGCUCAAAUCCCACCACAAACUCGGCCUGCUCGAAGAUGGUGCAAACGGCGAGACCGAAAGCCUAGCCGCGCAUGAUCAAGGUGGGAAUAUCUCAUCGAUCUCCAAACCCAGCCCCUCGAGCCUCACAACCGCCCCGCGGAAACGAGGCGGUGGCGGCACGGGGAAGAAUCUGGCGAAGCAGGUGGGUGAUCGGGCUUUGGAACGAGCGAGGGAGGAGGGGGGGAGUCCGGGGAUUUCUGGGUAUGAUGGUGGUGGGUAUGGGGAUGAGGAGAUGACGGUGAUGGGUGGUGAGGUUCCCGGUAGUGGUAAGAAGAAAGGUAGUGGUAGUGGGGGGAGGGAUGGGGAUGGGGCAUAUAAUCCUAAGCAAGGGGUUAAGGGAAGUGGGAAUGGAGGUGGGAGUGGUGGUGGUGGUGGUGGAGGGAAGGCGAAGAGGAAACGGAGUGGAGGGGAGGAACUGGGUGGGGGUUCUUCUGCGUCGGCGGGGAAGAAGGCGAGGGUUGAGGGAGGAGGGGAGUAG